AUGACCAACUUGGGGGCUACAAUGAAGAAUUUAGAGGUACAGAUUGAGGUUAACCCACGGGAAUAUUGCAAUGCUAUCACCCUAAGGAGUGGUAAAGCAGUUGAAGAAUGCAAGCUUAGAGAGGUUGGGGUACCUACAUCGGAUCCCAUACUUGCAAGGGAAAAGCAGACUGAAGGGCAGAAAACUGAGGCGGAGGCAACAAAGAAGAUUUAUAAGCCUCACUCAAUUUCAUUUUCGGACAACCCACCUAUCUUGAAUCCCCCACUACCAUUCCCGCAAAAGUAUUUGAAUAAAGAGUUUGAUGAAAAAUUCGCAAAGUUUCUGGAGGUGUUCAAGAAAAUCCACAUCAACAUUCCCUUUGCAGAAGCCUUAGCCCAAAUGCCUAACUAUGCCAAGUUCUUAAAGGAAGUGAUGGAGGAAUUUGAGAGUGUUAAGCUGAUAGAGGAGUAUAGUGCCAUACUUCAGAAGAAGCUCCUUCACAAAUUGAAAGAUCUAGGCAGCUUCAACAUCCCGUGCAAUAUUGGUGGUAUCACAUUUGAUAGGGCACUAUGUGACCUUGGAGCUAGCAUAAACUUGAUGCCCUUAUCAGUGUUCAAAAAGCUGGGUCUUGGAGAAGUAAAUCCCACAACCCUUACCUUGCAACUGGUGGACAGAUCGAUCACAUAUCCCAAAGGCAUUAUUGAAGAUGUGUUGGUGAAGAUUGAUAAGUUCAUCUUUCCAGUGGACUUUGUGGUGUUGGACAUGGAAGAGGACGAGAAAGUACCGUUGAUUCUUAGCCAACCUUUCCUAGUACUGGAAGAGCAUUGA